GUCAUGUGAUUUACAUACAGGCGAAUGACGUGACUCUUCAGAUUAGCUGUUGUCAUCAGAGAGACAAAACUCAAGAGGUUUCAAAUCGUACAGUGUUCAUGACCACAUCAGUCUCUCUCUCAUCAUGGCUUGGACAAAAUAUCAGCUCUUUCUCGCCGCUCUGAUGGUCACCACUGGCUCUCUUAACACAUUAUCUGCGAAAUGGGCUGAUAUGUUCUCUGCACCUGGAUGUAAAGGUUCUCCAGAUCAUCAGUUUUCACAUCCCUUUGUACAGGCUGUAGGAAUGUUUUUGGGUGAACUGCUGUGCCUGGUGGUGUUCUACCUCCUCCUUUGUCAUGAUCGACGCAGACCUGAGCCCUCCAUGGAACCAGGCCAAAGUUUCCACCCCCUCCUUUUUCUCCCCCCUGCUCUUUGUGACAUGGCUGGAACUAGUAUCAUGUAUAUCGCUCUCAACAUGACCAGUGCAUCCAGUUUUCAGAUGCUGCGUGGAGCUGUGAUUAUCUUCACUGGACUUCUGUCUGUAGCAUUCUUAGGACGACGACUGGCGCCCAGCCAGUGGAUUGGGAUCCUGUUCACGAUCCUUGGUCUGGUGAUAGUUGGACUGGCUGAUGUUUUGAGCGGCAAUGGAGAUGACAGUCACAAGAUGAGUGAAGUCAUCACAGGGGAUCUUUUGAUCAUCAUGGCACAGAUUAUUGUUGCAGUUCAGAUGGUCCUGGAGGAGAAGUUUGUUUACAAGCACAAUGUGCAUCCCCUAAAGGCUGUUGGGACUGAGGGUUUCUUUGGAUUCGUCAUUCUCUCUCUCCUACUCAUUCCGAUGUUUUACAUCCAUGUGGGCAGUUUUGGAGGUAACCCACGGCAGGUCCUCGAGGACGCCAUUGAUGCUUUCUGUCAGAUUGGCCAUAAGCCUCUCAUCUUGCUGGCACUGUUGGGCAACACCGUGAGCAUCGCAUUCUUCAACUUUGCGGGCAUCAGCGUCACCAAGGAGAUCAGUGCCACCACACGCAUGGUGCUGGACAGUCUGCGUACUCUAGUCAUAUGGAUCGUAAGCUUGGCGCUUGGUUGGGAAAAAUUCCUUGGCCUUCAGAUCCUGGGAUUCAUUAUUCUACUUGUGGGUACGGCACUGUACAAUGGACUCCACAAGCCCUUGAUGGCCAAGCUUCCCUGCUGCCCUGGACCGCAGGGUACAGAUGAGGUGGAUGCGGCCGAAAGAGAGAGACUGCUUGAUGGGGGAAAGUCUGCACAGGAGAUCUAAUAUUGGACAGUGGACAAAAUGCUUGCCUUAUGUGUUUACAUGGGUGGCACUUUUUUAAGUUUGCUCUGUUUUAAGUGUUUUAACCAUUUUAUGGACCGAACUGAAAUUAAUGAUAUUAAUUAGCAUUUCUCUGUCUAAAUCGGAAGGCAGAAGCAACAAGAGUGAAUCACAUUGUAGUAUUUCUGAAUCAACACUCAACAGUCCUGGGAGGCAAAGCCCCUUACCUCACCACUACUUAUCAAUAACACAUUUUUGGGGGGGUUAAUAUCUUAAAAAAAUGAAUGCUUAGAUUUUAAAAAUGUUUUAAACUUUUAAAAAGGGAUGAAAGUAAUAUUUAUAAACACUUGUUUAGUCAUACAUAACAAAAAUAAGAUACUGUAUUACAUUUUAAUUUCUAGUUGGUUUUAUUUUUGCUAUUUUUUUAUUGGUUUCAAAAAAAUUACCUUUUAUGUACUCUGCUGUUGGUAGUAUGGAACCACAUAGCCUUAUUGCAAUUUAAUGUUUUUAUUUUUAUUUUCAAGAAGGCAUACAAAGCAUUUUACAAACAAUAUAGCAAUCUUAUUUAAUAACUUUUAUCCCACACCAACAACCCAUUACACAACAGGACUAAAAUAAUGCUAUGUAAUACGGGUAUUGUGGCAAGAAAAUCCUUUGUUAAUAUUUAAAGAAUAGCAAAUGUACAUUUUGGUUUCUGUUUGUUGGAAUGGUGAAUAUGAACAAUAACAAGUGCCAGUUUAAAAAUACCAUGUUUAUAAUUAUUUUACAUGGUUAUGAGGAAUCACAAAACAGUUUCAAUCUUUGUUUGACACAUCUGUCUUUUUCUAUAUAUUUCUCUUACUUUCUCUUUAAAAAUAUUUGUACAAUGUGGAUUCAGUUUUUUUGUUACAUUUUAUGGAUGUAGAGAAACGACUGUUCACAUUAUUAGUGAAUGUUGGCACUAUUAUAUGUAAUGUCACACUCACACAUCUUAUUAUAAAAAAUGUGUAACAAA